AUGCAAGAGUUAUUAGGCUUCAACAAAUCACGCGCGUCGGAGAAGAAGGUGGUAGCGCACACAGCUUCUCGCAAUGUUCUCCCUCUGCCACGAGCGGAAGCUCUAUGCAAUUGGUGCCGCUACGAUGAGCAGCAAUACGUUAUAACAUCGGCGGAAACUAGAAGGUCCGGACAGAUUUCGAAACCACUCAGUCGACUACAAGAAGGUGCCCAGAAAGACUGUUGGGUGUGCAAGGCCUUUCUCAAGGCAACCGCAUUGUGGCAAAAGGUGGAUCACGUCGAGUUCCAGCGUCUGCGUGCGAUCAACGUGCGAUUUGAUGCCGAACGUGUCACAAUAGGAGCCGGUUCCAAAUUGCCAAAGAUACAGCUAUUCAUCGCCAAAGGAUGCCCAAACGUCUUCAGAUUCAACCCAGAUUCCGAACUGCCGUCCCGCCCAUCCUCGGCACAGACCAUGAACUUCAUCGCUUACAAUCUCAAUUCAUGCCUUCACAGUCACAAAGCUUGUCAGAGAUACCAGACUCAGUUAGCUUCGAAGAUUCAUGGAAAUUGGCCAAGUCGCAUCUUGCAAAUCGACGCAAAAACCUGGACCAUCCGGCUUGUGAGAUUUGAUCCAGCGGCUCAUGCGAAGUAUGUAGCCUUGAGCUACUGCUGGGGUGAUCAAAAGGGCCAGCUCACCUCAAACAAGUCAACUCUUCCAAAACUCCGAGCUGGUAUCAGCGUGCAAAAGUUGCCUGCAACGUUGAGAGAUGCUGUCACCGUCACGGCCACCCUGGGCCUCAGGUACAUUUGGAUUGACUCGAUCUGCAUCAUACAAGAUGACAAGGACGACUGGAAACAGGAAGCGGGCAAAAUGAGUACCGUCUACGCUCAGUCCUUGGUCACCAUCAUUGCGAGCUCGGCCGACUCGUGCAGCGAAGGAUUCCUGGAAAAGGACCGGGCCUUCUCGACCGAGGUCAGCAGGGUCCGUGUGCAGCACCGAGAAGCAGAGGUGCGCGCGCGAGUCCUCUACGACUGGGGCCACCACCGGGGAGGCCCGCAGUCGGACGAGAGCGCCCGUCUGCGCUGGAUGGACCCCGUCGACUCUCGGGCCUGGACGUUGCAGGAGCGCGUGCUGUCGGGUCGGUACAUCAACUUCACCUCUGGAGAGGCCCAAUGGGGGUGCGUCUCCUGUAGAGCCUGCGAGUGUGGCCAGCCACUGUACGGCAAGCUGUACGAGACGCUGCCCGAUGCUGAAAAGUGGUUUCGCAUCGUGGAGGAGUACUGCACCCGUAAUAUGAAGUUCGCCACCGACAAGCUCGUAGCCAUUGCGGGCAUGGCGAGAGCCAUGGCAACGGUACUGCAAGAGAAGUGGUAUGUGGCCGGGCUCUGGUUGUCCCCUACAUGGACGCCUCUGACGCUGCAGUCCUUCAUGUGGAGGCGCAAGAUUGACUCACCUCUGACUGUGUUCUACAACGAAUAUAUUGGUCCCAGCUUCUCGUGGGCCUCCCACAGAGGAGAGCCUGUGCACACGGACAAAGCAUCAUUCUCUGGAUGCACAUUCCCGUCCAACAUUCUUAAUGUUGAUAUUCAACUCUCCACCACGGACUCAUUCGGGAGUGUCAAAGGUGCAUGUGUACGACUUCGCGGGCCCCUGAUCGCUGCCAAGCUGAAAUGGGACAGUACCACCAGAUAUGAGGAUAUGAAGGUCGGUAUCAAAAUUGGGCAAUCCGCUCAGAGCUAUUCAGGUGGAUGUCGAGUCGACGGCCUUCUUGAAUCAGUCAUGUUGAAGAAGGGUCAGCACGCUGUUAGGAGGCGAUGCGAAGGCAGCGUUGCUCAAGAUGUGAGCUUUGAGAAUGUCGAUGUCUAUCUGCUCCCAAUUCUCGUUCGCAAGCUGGAUUCCAUGUCUGGCCAAAAGCCGCAGACCUAUGCGGCUGGACAAGGCAGUCCAACACGCCAAGCCGAGUGCAUACUCCUUGCACGGUCACUACAAUUCCCCGGCUUUGAACGUCUCGGAGUAUACACAAUAUCUCAGUGGGACAAGUAUAGCAGUACCCCGUGUGUAGAACUCAGUAUGUAUUAG